GUCUUGAGUAACUGCCCUUCUUUAUCUCAAACUGGUUGCUGGAGUACAGUGUCGCCAUAUUGUCAUCCCGAAGCUCUGAGAGGUAAUAUACUGUAUAUUUUAAUCGAUUUUACCCGAGUUUAAUUGUCCCUUUUCACCUAGAAAACAUAUGAAUGGUUAGAGUCGAGUGUAGCUUUCAACACUUGUUCUGUCGGGCAUACAUUAUCGUCUCGUGGAAUGGAUGUGGUAGCUUGCUAGCUAACUCACUGUGAAGUGAGUUUUUCCCCGACCACGGCUUGCUUGUGAGCGGCUAACUUUAGUCAGUUAGCUAUCUCUUAUCGUUGUGGCAAGGCGUAAACCAAGGCACCAGGAUCGAAAUAGCUAUGAAAUAUCCUACUCACGUAGUUAAGAACAUAACACACACUAGCUUUAACAUUACUGAAAUCCGUAUAUGUGGGAAUUUUACUAUGGGGAACCACUGGUUCCCGUUGGCUUGGCUAUGCUAUGCUAGGCUCAUUAACUAAUCCCAGACCCAGACUUGAUUUAGCUAGGAAAACCCGAGGCUUGUGCGGCCUUGUGACCGUGCGGUUAUCAAUCAAUGAAAUGUGCUUUUUGUUAACGCCAACAAGAAGACCACUGUGAUGGGAAAUGAUGUCCUUAAAUGUGUUUGAACCUUUUAAAGAUGUUUCCAUUUUUAAGCUAUAGCUACUACCAGGAACUAGCAAAGCAUUGGUGAAUAUCUAGCUAGCCGGCUAACUAGUUGAUGCUGCUGCUAUGAAAUAGGUAGCUAACUACUAGUACCAACUAAUCUUGGUUAGAAUGAUAUAUUUAGGGAUCUAUUGAUUAACUUUAUUGUUGUAUUCAUUUAGUGCCUUGUACAGGCGAAUGACCAACUCAUCUAGCUAGCUAGUUGGGUUUACAUUUUCACAGCUGACUUUCUGAUAAAUGUUGAGUCAGUCUGAAGCUAAAGUAAAGAGGACAUUUUGUUCAAUAGCUGAUGUAGCUACCUAAUUUAUGCAAUGUCUCUUGUCUUACUACUUACUACUGUUCAAUUAAAAUAAUGCAAAUGUUUGCUUCUAGAAGCCAUUAAAUGAAAUGAUUAACAACUCAUUAAUUUAUUGAAUGACCACAAGCUUGGUGCAUGCUCUGGCUACAUCUUGUAGCUAAUUGUAUUACAGGGGAUUUAUAGCAAGGUAAGUAGCUAACGUUAGAUAUCUCAUUUUAACAUUUAUAUUUUAGUCAUUUAGCAGACGCUCUUAUCCAGAGCGACAUACAGGUGCAAUUAGGGUUAAGUGCCUUGCUCAAGGGCACAUCGACAGAUUUUUAACCUAGUCGGUUCUGGGAUUUGAACCAGCGACUUUUUGUUACUUGCCCAAAGCUCUUAACCGCUAGGCUACCUGCCGCCACAUCUCUUGCAAUUGAUCUCUUUCUGAGUUCAAUUAGGUCUAACACUAUACAGAGUAACUUCUGAUAGGAAAAUUAAGGCAAUGGAACCAAGGUCCACAAUGUAGCUAAUAUGUUAGUUAUUACUCAUGUAGCCCAAUUCUAGAAGGUCAAUGUUCCAGAUCACAUUUUUGUGCUUCACUUCUUGGUUUGCAAUGGUAACUGUAAUGGUAACUAGGCCUAGCCUACAUUUUCCGUAUCGCCCCCUUACAGUUCAACCUCCAACUGAAAAGCCAUUUGAUUUGAUACCAAACCCCUCCUGCCAAUAUACCCUUCUCGCGCUGAGUAGCUCCUAUAACUACCAUUCAAGGUGAAACCAUGUUACCUGGACGGAGAUAUUUGUCAGCUGCUAUGUAGGCUAGGUGUACUCUCACGGAUCAUGUCUGCCAUGAUCAUUAGGCUAAUGCCCCUCUGUCCUUCUAUUGAUUAAACCCAGUUGUUUUACCGUGCUAUCUGUGAGAAAGAAAAUCUGAAUGUAGCCUAUGUUUUGAUCAAGCCUAGGUCUCAUUGGUUUUUCCUUUGAAUUUCUUGUGUAUUUUAGAUUUGACUCCCUAGCUUUAUAUUUUCCCUUUUUAAUCUACGAGGUCAACAAAGAUCUGCCAUUGAGGGGCUGGCACAUGCCUUGUGACUGGCUCUCAUUUUGACAGAAUCAUGUGAUCUGAAGUUAGUUUAGCCAUGGUACUUACUGUUGAACAAGACUGCUGACUUUAAGGUAGUGUGGAAGCAAGUGUGCUUGUUGGAAGGGGGGCUUUGGAAUCUCUGGAAUGGUAUUCAAUCCAAAAAGUAAUGCUGCAAAACACAGUAUCUGUUGUUUCUGGUUCACCUGGUAUAAUGCACACGUCUCUGUUACAUUUUUCUGUUUUGCGGUGGCUUUGGCGUUUUUAGUUUUUUAUUUAUUUGUAUUUAACCUUUAUUUAACCAGGUAAGCCAGUUGAGAACAAGUUCUCAUUUACAACUGCGACCUGGCCAAGAUAAAGCAAAGCAGUGCGAUAAAUACAACACAGAGUUACAUAUGGGGUAAAACAAAACAUGGUCCUCUGUAGCUCAGCUGGUAGAGCACGGCACUUGUAACGCCAGGGUAGUGGGUUCGAUCCCCGGGACCACCCAUACACAAAAAUGUAUGCACACAUGACUGUAAGUCGCUUUGGAUAAAAGCGUCUGCUAAAUGGCAUAUUAUAUUAUUAUUAUUAUUAUUAUAGUCAAAAAUACAACAGAAAAUAAAUAUAUAGUGUGUGCGAAUGUAGUAAGUUAUGUAGGUAAGGCAAUAAAUAGGCCAUAGUGCAAAAUAGUUACAAUUUCUUAUUAACACUGGAAUGAUAGAUGUGCAAAAGAUGAUGUGCAAAUAGAGAUACUGGGGUGCAAAUUAGCAAAAUAAAUAACAAUAUGGGGAUGAGGUAGUUGGGUGGGCUAAUUACAGAAUGGCUGUGUACAGGUGCAGUGAUGGGUAAGCUGCUCUGACAACUGACGCUUAAAGUUAGUGAGGGAGAUAAGAGUCUCCAGCUUCAGAGAGUUUGAGUGGAAUGUCUACUUGUUUCAAAUUUGGUAGGUGAAGCCAUUGUGAGACUGUGUGCAUUGUCAUAGUGUGAGGUAAUAUGGGGUUGUGUUUCCCUUUGUUGCAGUAAUGACAGGUUCAAUGCCAAUUAGGGUUGGGCGAUUAUUAGGAUAGAAUAGGAUAUAGAAGAUGAUUGACGGCCAUUGUCGAUAGUGACGUCAUCGUGAUGUGACAGACUAUGUAGCCUAUUUCAACUUGACUGGCACCACACAGUACAGAGCUGACCGGGCAGCCAGCAGCAGGGCCAUGCCAAGUGGCCUAUUCCUUUGUUAUAGCCUGCAUAACCUAUUUCAAUAAAUAUGGUAUAAACUAUUUACAGAAUGCAAGAGAACAAUGUAGACAGAGCUAAGAUUUUCAAUAAAGUUGCGCAAAAUGUCAGAAAAUGUUUGGUUUUUUCUCUCUUAAUGUCGGAUGUUCUUGGCCAUAUAGCCGAAGUCUAUUAAAUUUUUUAUAGCGGACACUCCAGUGUCUAAUUAUUGAAAUGUUGUAUUUUCUCUCCAUUUGAUAUGAAUAUGACGUCAGUUUUUAUAAAUGUUGGCUUUCUCCCGCCUCAUCCCACCGCGCUACUUCAUGAUCCCGUGUGGCUCAGAUGGUAGAGCAUGGCGCUUGCAACGCUAGGGUUGUGGGUUCAAUUCCCACGGGGGACCAGUAUGAAAAUGUAUGCACUCGCUAAUUGUAAGUCGCUCUGGAUAAGAGCGUCUGCUAAAAUGACUAAAAUGUAAAAUGAUCAAACAAUGAAUUUAUCUAACGGCGUUCUCAACGUUUUAAGUUGUUUUUGAAUAACCCAAAAACAUGAUGGGCCUAAGUUAAUGAGCGGUAGAACAAACAACAGCAAGAUAGUUUGAACAAACCUUACAGUUGAGCAAAGAUUAGUCUAUUAUAAAAUAAAUGAUACAUGCAUCCCUCCUACUUGCCGUUGUGAACCAAACGGCCAAAAGCCAAAUCCUACGAAUUAAUUCUAUCAAAAGCAUUAAGACAGUUAAAGUUAUGAAGAGUAUUUUCCAAAUUAGGUUAUUCUAGUCAAAUGUUUAAUGUCCUAACGUUGCAGUAUUCAAAUGGGAACAAUUGUGAAAGUCAGUCUAUAGGCGAUUCUCUAUCACAGCUUUAUUUUGAAUUACAAAUAUUAGUCAAAUUGAGCAAACAAUAUCAAGAUGUAAAAAUCGAAUGAGAAGUCAGAAGAACUUGCAGCUAAACAAAGCUUAUAAAAGAAACGGUGUAAAUUGGGCCUAUUUCCUAUUAUUAGCAAUGUAUAGAACCUAAAAAGAGAGGAAGAUUAGGCAAAAAUGCGAAUCAUUUGAAUAAUUAUCCAGUUCUGGGGACAGUAGAGUUGUGCUCUGCAGCCGGGCCUUUCAUGAUUUACAACCCAUCACACAUACAUGAUUUACAACCCACGCACACCUCUUUCAUGACAACGGAGAGAAAUAGGCAACUAAAAAAGAUUUGGCUCCAAAAUAUUUUUGGUCAAUCUUCUCUUCCCUCCUGUAGCAUGCGAGCUCGUACCAGCUGUCUUUUUGUGUUAUUAUGUAACUUUUUUUGGGGGGGGGUUGACCAGUAAGGGGCGAUACCAUCGUAUAUCACAAUGUUUUAUUGCUACUUAGUCACGAUAGGAGAAAGGUUAACAUCACCCAACCCUAAUGCCAAUGGGAAAGUUAUGAAUAUGAUAUAAAUAAUAUGCUAAUAAUGCAUGAUGAUGCUUCACCGGGGGUAGUCCCACUGACCUUUGGACACACCGAAGAUUCAUUAUUAUUAUUGUUAUUAUUAUAGAAAAUUGAAUGACUUCAAUUUGGCCUAGGUCUAAUUUAUUUAUUAAUGUGGGGUAGGGGAUAUGAUUCCUUAUUUCCUAGAAUUCAUCAACAUAUUGCCAUCUAGCCUUUUGUUGCAUAUAAGUGGAAAGCAUCUUCCAUGAACUAGCCUUGCCUACAUUUCCUUUGAAAUGAUUUCUGUAGCAUGCUACUGACCUUUUAUGUUAUCAUCGUGGUUAUCAAUGAUUAAAACAUUUGAAAAACUUGGCCUCACCAUAUAAAACACAGACAUUAAACACCAUCAUGAACACAUCAUUCUCGAGAUCAUUAAAGAAACCAUACAAAGUACAGAAGUGCUACUGUACCAGUGUACUUCCAAGUUCAUAUAUAUAUAUUGCUUCAUUGGUCUAAAACCAUAAUCAUCAUCUUUAGCUCGUAUACCGGGUUAAAUAAGGGUCAACAACAUUCACCAGAGGAAGGACACAAGGACCUGUUCUGUGUUCUUAUAGUGGGCUGCAAUUAUUAUACCAUUAGGUCUGCAGCACACUGCAUGCAUCACAGUCUCAGAAAUAAGAGUUCUUCUGGCAACAGUUAAUGCGCCCACAUACCAGGGUUUCUGUUAGCCGGCUAUUGCUGAUAAAUAAAACUGUUUCCAGCCAAAAUGAUUGAAAUAAAGGAUAAUAAAUCCAAUUGCAAAAUAAUACUUUUAUUCAGUGAUGGAAUACCAGUCGAUGGAAAUGCAUUUGACCGUCAAUGCUUAUCGGUCUAUAGGUAAAUUUGCAUAAUUUAGUGAAAUUAAAUUGGUCUGUGUGUAUUUUCAUUAGUCAUCAUCAAUGUUCCCUCUAAGCUGCCGGACUGCCACGCAGAAGAAAAAUAAGCCUGUGCAGAUGGGCACGAGAUUUAACUUUCUACAGUUUUCCCCUUUAGUGAACACUAUUAACAUUUCACUCUACUAUGGGAAUUGUAAUCGAAUCAAUGCAAUAUUAGCCACUUUCAAUGUAACAUAUUGAUACAAAACAAACUUUGCAAGAUUUAGUAUGCAAAACUAACUGUGCAAGAGAUUUUCUUGUAGGCAGAGUGCGUUGGAGUAGGAUUCAAUUGCGUUGACAGGCAGGACUCAGGCCCGUACUCUAAACAGACCGGUGCGCCAUAACCAAUCAGAGCUGCAGUAGGCCUAUAUGCAAAUAACAAUUGCCAUAUAUGGAUCUGUGCCUUUCAAUUUGAACUGGACGAUGUUUAGGCUACAGUAUAAGCGGUCGUGAGUAGAUGUGCUUGUUUUGAGAUCAAAGUGAGAGCUGCAUGUAGCCACUUGUGCACAUUUGUUCAUAUUCUUUGUGAGUUAUUAGCCCAGUUAUAGCUCAUUUCUAGUCAACAAUGGGGGAGUGGUGGCUUCUAACGAGCACAAAAUGUGUGCAUUUCUAGCCAUCUUUGAAAAGCGAGUCAGGUAGACUCUUAAAGGGGCAGUGUAUUUUGAGACAGUCUUGAAUAAGCGAAGUAGCCAAUAGGCAAAGUGUAGCAUAAUUUGUCUGAUUCUCUGUAUUAAUGGUAUGGGAAUAAUACAUUUUAUUUUGUAAAGUGUUUUCUCAAUCAAUCAAUCCAAUUUUAUUUAUAAAGCCAUUUUUAUAUCAACAGAUGUCACAAAGUGCUAUACAGAAACCCAGCCUAAAACCCCAAUCAGCAUGCAAUGCAGAUGUAGAAGCACGGUGGCUAGGAAAAACUCCCUAGAAAGGCAGAAACCUAGGAAGAAACCUAGAGAGGAACCAGGCUCUGAGGGGUGGCCCUUUUGGCUGUGCCGGGUGGAGAUUAUAACAGUACAAGGCCAUUAAGGCCAGAUUUUUCUCCAAGAUGUUCAAACGUUCAUAGAUGACCAGCAGGGUCAAAUAAUAAUCACAGUGGUUGUAGAGGUUGCAACAGGUCAGUACAUCAGGAGUAAAUGUCACUUGGCUUUUCAUAGCCGGGCAUUUAGAGGUUGAAAUAGCAGGUGCGGUAGAGAGAGAGUUGAAAACAGCAGGUCUGGGACAAGGUAGCACGUCCGGUGAACAGGUCAGGGUUCCACAGGCCUACAUUAUGAUCAAAUAGCCACAGUAGCCUACUUGACCACUGUAAAACUGUAACUUAAAGCAGGUACAGCCUCGGUGUUCACAGUAGACGCCUGCCGGAAGUUACACAGAAUGUUCACAACAUUCAAGUUUGCGCUCAACAGAUUUGCUCAGUGGUGGAAAUUUUUUUAGAGGGAACAUUUGUCAUCAUGUAUCUUAUUUAUCCAACACAACUAUCACACGCACAGCAUACAGAGCCUAUUUUGAGCGGGAUUUCUCCUGCUGCUCCUCAGCUGGUUGCGGCUGGAGUAAAACAUGCUUUUAUAAGUCCGUUCAUUGCGCAACAAUUCUAAAUGCAAUCGAGGGUAUGAAAGUUGGUGCACAAUUAAAAAAAAUAGCUACUAUUUUUAUUUCUCAACUGGUAAUUGAAGCGCGCCUCCCAUUCACCAUUCAAGUGCAGGCAACAGGCUAUCAGCGAGUCACCCACCACUUUACAAUGUGAGCUGGAGGCUGUAUGCAUUUUGAAAACAUGCUUAAGUGUUUGAAACCUGAAUGUUUUAUUACAUAUUAUGAGGCAUGUUUUACCUUGCUUCAAAGUAGCCUAUAGGCAAAAUCAUGGAAACGUGGAGGCAAUUAUUUUAUAAAGACUUCUUAGGCGGUACGUGCGUUUCAAGUUUGGAGACGCUUACAAUUGAUCCUACCAUUUCUACCGUUCUGCGUGCCAGUGAUGAUUUUCGUGGAACAGAUUAUUUUAAAUAAUAAAGUUUUUGUUUCUCAAAAUCAUUGUCACGUGGUUAAUCAUAAAAAUUUGAAUUAAAGUGAUAAAAAUAGAAAAGUUAAAAGUAAACUAAUGCGAGGGGGAGAUUGUUGGAAAGAUUUUUCAAAUAGCUUACUAUGAGGAAAUAUAUUAGGGUUUCCCAACUGGCGGCCCGCAUGCUGAAUUUGGCCCGCGGGUAGUUUUAUUUGACCCCCCAAGUUUUCUGAGCAAAAAAAACAUUAAAUUUUUUGUUGUUGUUGUUGGACAUAAAAAAAAAAAACUGUAAAAACACCAGGAACUCAGCUCUGUGAUUUUAAUUUGGGAACUCUUUUCCCAAGUAUUUCCACGCAUCAUAGAGAGACACGUGAUCAUAUACAAAUGUAAGCAAGGUUUGAAAUGAUGUUUUAGUCAAAUAUAUCUGUUUGGGCUUCUUGCGGUCAAUUUGCGGUCUACAAAUGAUUUGUAGUUAUGUUCCGGCCCCCGACCAUCUGCUCAAUAAAAAAUUGGCUGCGGCUGAAUCUAGUUGAUGAUCCCUGAACAAUAGUUUUAAUAUAUUAUCAUUCACAAUGGAUGAUAAAAAAAAAACACUUUCCUACAUUUCCGCACAGCAAUCCAGGUACUUCUAUGCGUGCUCAGCCGUGCACGCUCCCUCCACAUCAGGACAGAGAAACCAGACACAUGCUCAUUGCUCACAUGGACCACUCCAAACAAAAGACAAUAAAACAAUUAAAUCUCGUAAAUGAUGGCUAUGAAAUCAACCAAAACUUGUUUCUCACAAGUGUAGCAGGUUGUGAACUCUGCAAACAACCGUUUCCACUCCGUGAAUGACAACGGUAAAUCACUGUAAUACAUUCAUUAACAGAAAAAAUUUAACCAAAUGACAGGGAUUAACGAUACAUUUACUACUGGUGACAUAUGUAAUGGGGAAUUGCAAAAGAUCUAAGGGCAAAUAAUUCACACAAUGAAACAAUGUAAACAAUGAAUGCACAAGAAUUGCCGGGAGACAGCUGAGCCAUUCUGCAGAGAGACUGGCCUAUAUCUUCACCACACACCCCUCCCCUUCUUCUUGUCUCAACAUAAAAAAUUAUACUCACACAUAUUUUAGAUGGUUUUCACUGACAGCGAAACUCAAUAAUCAGCUAGGCCUAUUGCCACGCACGCUGCCCAAAUUACAGGCUUCUCAAAUAGGCAAAGGCCUAAAAGCUUGUGAUUUGAAACAAUCCACAGCUAUUUUUUAAAAGAAGCUACAUUUUCAAUUCCUCUUUGGCUAUGUCAUGCUUUCUGGUGAAGUAUUUUGAAUUAUUUGAUUUAUUUCUGUAUAGACAGAAGUAAUUAUAUCAUUCUGGUACAUUAUUUCCAUUGACUUCCCAAUUGGACCCACCACUAUGACAUUUCUCUCCUGUUCUAUUCGUUUUCAUAUCAACUUUCUUUUACAUUUACAUUUUUGUCCAGAAGCCAAAGUCACAAUCCUAGUCAUAUUAGCAACCCAUUCGAGUUGUUGCAUCUUUACAUUCCCCCUCUUUCUAAGUUUCUAACAGAGAUUUUCAUCUCUUGUCACAUAUGGAACCGCUAUAAGGUGCACUGUUUAGAAUGGAAUUUUCCCAGGUGCGCUGUUUAGAAUGUUUUCUCAUGAAUUGCAUUUUGGCAAAUGUUAAAAAAGAAUGUUUUAUUGGCUGCUUCAUUACACGAGUUGCAUGUUCUGUUAACAUGCAUUACCAUAAUCUAAAUGUGAUUUUUGUAAUUCUUAGCACACUGUGGGUGGACACCCUAGUGCAGGGUUCUUCAAUUCCGGUCCUGGAGGGCCGAAACACCUCUGUUUUUCAUCCUCUCCUUCUAAUCAGGGGCUAAUUCAGACCUGGGACACCAGGUGAGUGCAAUUAACUACCAGGUAGGAAUAAAAAACAGAAGUGUUUCGGCCCUCCAGGACCGGAAUUGAAGAACCCUGCCCUAGUGGAUUACGCACCCAAUACAUAUGGGUCCGGUAAAUUUCUCAAAUGGCCGGUAAAUUAAAAUGUUCCUGGUCACGUUGUCCUGCGCCACGUUUUCCUAACGAAAACCCUGCAUCAUACAUCAGUUCAGUUUGCUUCUAGCAGAACUCAGCUAGGCGAAACAAACGUAUGCGCUCGCAUAUCCUACUCCCCAAAGACCUUAGCUUGAAAAAUGUGAAUCAUGGAAGUUUGGCGGUGUCGCCGCACUGGUCCAUCCAUGUUAGCGCGUGUGUUUCUGUCUGUUUGAUACAUUUCUAUGGUCUUCUGUUCUCCCCCGACCCGCAGGUCCUGAGGAGAGAGCCUUUGCGUCCACCUGAAGAUGUCCGGCCCGGUCACCAGCCGAUCCCGGGUUUACCCCGACGUGAACACACAGAGACCCCGCGAGUACUGGGACUACGAGUCACACGUUGUGGAAUGGGGGUGAGCUGAGCUAGCCAUCUGAUUGGUCGGUGGCAGCACCACACCCUUACCCCAUUCAGUGUCAGAUACAGCAGCAGAGUGAUUCCUCACGAAACCAGGACCAAAAAAUAUACCAUGAUUUUCACAAAAUGUAAUGCAUAGAAUGGUCCUUUGGAGGAAGGGUUGUUGACAUAUAUUUGACAUUUGAUUCUAAAAGCAUAAUUCACCAUAAUUCGUGAGGAAUCACUACAACAGAGACUUAUCAGGGUCAAGUUCAGCAGAGCAGGGCACAACUGUGUGGAAUUGGAAUGUUCAGAUAUAAAUAUAUGAAGUAGAACAAACAUUAAUCUCUGAAAUGUAGAGUAAGGUGUCAUGUCGGCUCUUCAUGACAUUUCUAUCUGCAACAUUCCACAAUGUUUGCCUACUGAACAUGGCCCUGGGGCGUUGCAGGUCUGAUUUUAAACGUGGAAUGUGCCAGCUUUAUCAACAUGUAUCACAGUGUUAACUAUCAGUUGGUGGAAUCAGGGUUUAUCUGUGUUAACAUUGUUGUGAAUAUUACUCAUUGUUAUCUGUCUCUGUCUGUCCCUCAGGAAUCAAGAUGACUACCAGCUGGUGCGAAAGCUCGGCCGGGGCAAAUACAGCGAAGUGUUUGAAGCAAUCAACAUCACAAACAACGAGAAAGUAGUCGUCAAAAUACUCAAGGUACUGGUGCUGGACUUCACUCCAUUGAGACCCAGUGUGUUUCUUUCAAAUAUAUAUUUUGAAUGUGUUUUUGACCCGUUUAUUAAGACCGUUGGAAACAGAGGGGGAGACAGGCUUGUAGGAGUAACAGUAGGAAGGGUGGACGUGGGGAUGGAAUGUGUCUCAAUUGGGGAGAGACAUGUAUGUGGCUGGGGUCAGGAUGUUUUACCGCUAGACCACAGGCUCUGACCCAAAGUUACUGAAGCUGUGGACGGGCUAGUCUUUUACCUGUUAUUUGGCCUAUAGACCAUAUUUACUGAGUGAUGCUUUCUAUAUGGGCCCUAUAGCAGGGUUGCCCAAAGGCGGCCUAUUUGGCCCCUCAAGUUUUCUGAGAAAAACAACAACCUUUUUUUUUAAACCACAUUUUCAUUGUUGGACAUUAACGACUGUAAAAUCACCAGGAAAUCAGCUCAAAGUAAUUUGUGGAAAUCUGUUCCCAAGUAUUCCCACGCAUAAAUGGAGGCAUAUGUGAUCAUAUCCCAAUGUAAUCAAUAAAAAAAUCAGCCCCCGGCUGAAUAUAAUCGAGGACCCCUGCCCUGUAGUUUUUCUCUGUACUGCUCACAGCAUGGUAUUUCACAGAAGCUCUGUCAAACAUUCUCUUUGCGCCAAUCUCUCGCUCUGUUCUUCUCUUGUGCCCAACAGCCAGUAAAGAAGAAGAAAAUCAAGCGAGAAAUCAAGAUUCUAGAAAAUCUGCGAGGCGGCCCCAACAUCAUCUCACUUCUAGACAUCGUCAAGGAUCCAGUGGUCAGUUUCAUCAACCUACCAAUAAUACAUGCCAUCAUGCUGCUCGGUACAUAUCAUAUGAAAUUUUGGCUACCACUCUCGCUGAAAAUCCAGCUGAAUCUGGUAUGCAUCCGCUAUUUAAUGAUAGUUUAUACUGAACAUAUUUGGUCUCAUUUAUUAUUAUUUUUAAUAACUUUUUGUUUUUGUGUUUUUCAUUGCAGUCUCGGACUCCAGCUCUGGUCUUUGAACACGUCAACAACACAGACUUCAAGGUAAGAAGAAUCACUGUCCUUUUUAUCCAGUCAAAAUGGAAGCCGAAGCUUUGACCACAUGCCUCUAUUACAUCUCUCACAGUGGCAUUCUGGUGAAAUGUGUUGAAUUUUUCUUCUCUUUUUGCAGCAAUUGUAUCAAACGCUAUCCGACUACGACAUACGGUUCUACAUGUACGAGAUCUUAAAGGUAAGACCUCAUUAUUGUACCCUAUAACUGGUUGUGCCUCCCAAAUGACACCCUAUUCUCUCUAUAGUGAACUAUAAUAGAAUAUGGUGCAAUUAGGUACACAGUCUGGGUGAGCGAGACAGGAGCUUCGAUUCCCCCCGAUUGAAAAUAGCCUGAGGUGUUGAAGUGUUAUGUUGGUCAGGACUUCAGCUGUAAGGCACAGCACUGUAGGGUUGGACGAUAUUAUAGGAUAUAGAAGAUGAUUGACGGCCAUUGUCGAUAGUGACGUCAUCGUGAUGUGACAGACUAUGUAGCCUAUUUCAACUUGACUGGCACCACGCAGUACAGAGCUGACCGGGCAGCCAGCAGCAGGGCCAUGCCAAGUGGCCUAUUCCUUUGUUAUAGCCUGCAUAACCUAUUUCAAUAAAUAUGGUAGAAACUAUUUACAGAAUGCAAGAGAACAAUGUAGACAGAGCUAAGAUUUUUUUUUUUAUAGCGGUCACUCCGGUGUCUAAUUAUUUUAAAAGCCACAUUUUGCCUAAAGCCUAAUCCCUCCCCACCCCUGCUGUCGCUGAGGGCCUCUCGCUCUUCACCGUGGCGAUAAGCGAACCCUGAGCAGGGCAGGCGAGGGAGAGGCGAGCCAUGUGGAGGAGUCGUGUUAAAGACAAGAGGAUUUAUCUGAGUGGACCGGCCUGACACUUCGCCUCUCUCUCUCUGCUCCCAGCCUCAACCCCAGCCAAACCCAUCUCCAGCCCCUGCUCAGCCAGAUCACAUACGCUGCUGCUUUUGAACUAACUAACGACUAUGUCUGAGUCUUCAUGAGUUUGUUAUUAUUAUUCAGUUGUUUACACUGUAGCCUUUAUGGAUGGAUCAAAACCUGCAGGUUUUAUAUUUAUUUUAAUAGCAUUUUAAGCAUUUACCCGUUGACUGGAUCUCUGAGGACAAUGGGAAGAUAUUGGAAUUUUGUUUGUCCUCAGCAUCUUUCUCGUGAAGACACCUGACAUAAAAAAAAAAAAAGGUAACUGGCUCUAAAAAUGGCUGCCGGUGGAUUACAGUACUAUGGACAGGGUUCACGGAGGUUCGCUGCUCUACGACAGCUCUGUCUAGACAGUGGUAGCAGCCUUGUUUAUUCCUGCUGCCAAGCUGGUGUGUGCUAAAGCUGGAUCACUGAAAGCUCUCCCCAGCCCACAAGCACGGAAAAGCAUCUGCUCCCAUCCUUAUCCCACUGACUUGGCCUUCUCGCAUAUCUAGCGCUCUCUCUCCCUGGCCUCACUGAUGAAAGAUCAGCUAACGUAGCUGUCAGAGGUCAGGAUAGAAGCCAGGAUCCAUGGUUGUUGACCUAUAGUAGUAUUAGUAGUGGUUCCCAAUCACGGGACAGUACUGCUGCCUGCAGCUCUCCAGGAGCAGGGUUGAUGAGGAUCACUGGCCUAUAAUGUUCAUGUUUCAUCUGCACAAUAGGUGUGUUAGCCAAGUGUUUUCCAUUAUGUUUAUGUCAGUGGGACUUAAUGCAGCCAUAAAGAUGACUGGCAAGGCCUUUCUCCCCACUUAAUUGGCUGGAAUACGUGAGCGGGACCUGUGAGCACCGUGGCUAUGUUCCGGGGUGAGUUCAGUAAGCACAAAACGGAAGGAAACGCUCACAAACUGGGAGGUACUAUCUGAACAUGGCCAAUGAGAAAAGCUUGUUUUUGUCACAGUGUGCCGUAGUGAACAUGAGCCAGUUGUCAGCUGUUUCUCCUCUCUGUUCCCACCCACAGGCCCUGGACUACUGUCACAGUAUGGGAAUCAUGCACAGAGACGUCAAGCCACACAACGUCAUGAUCGACCACGAACACAGAAAGGUACUGGCCUAUUAGUCUCUUUUCCCUCCCUCCUUUCUCUGCUCUGAUUGGCUAAUGUACGUAUGGUCACAGAGACCAACUUAUGGGCGGAGUGUUGCCCGACAGUCUGCUGCCGUUGGGUUUAGUAGGUCCACAAAGCACCCUGUCUCAUCUGUGAUUGGUCCAAUUGUGCCAUACAAGGCAUUUAGCCAAUUGUUGACUAGCGUGUGAGUGUUUAACCACCACAGUAGAAAGCUCAACAUGAAUCUUUCCCCAAUAGAGAACUACUCAGCACAACCCCUCUGAGGGGUCUAAUGGGACCUUUUCAUUCACUUGGUAGGAUAAUUCAUGUUGCCUCAUGAGGUAAGACAAAUUCCAGAGAUAGUCUUUGGUAUAUUUUUCUAAUAUGGUAUAAAACAUUAAUCAUAUUUAUUUACUAAGGUUCGGUCCCCCAUUGUGACUAGAAAACGUAGAAAUCUCGUUCAUUAAUUGAUAAUUUAUCUGAUUCUGUAUACACAAAUGACAAUUCAUGCCCCCCCCCCCCCCCCCCCCCCACAUCUGCUAAAUUUUAAACAAACUCCUGUGUGUUGAUUUAAACCAUCUAGAUGAAUGUUAGUCCUGGCUGUUGGAUUCUAAUGAUGUUUUCAAACUAACUGUAUUUCUUCUGUUUCCUAGCUUCGCCUUAUAGACUGGGGUUUGGCAGAGUUCUACCACCCUGCUCAGGAGUACAACGUACGUGUGGCAUCCCGAUACUUCAAGGGUCCUGAGCUGCUGGUCGACUACCAGGUCAGUCAGUCAGUCGUGCCCUAUUGAACACGGCCCUAUUUUCUCAGCUUUCUCCUAGAGACUAUAUUCCCCUGUGAUCUUCCUACUGCGUGAGCUGGGGAACGGUUGACUCAGUCGUAUAUAGCUAUGGUUCUUCUUUGGUUACUUUCAUCCUCAGGAGAUUGAAUUAGAUGCAUCUGUUCUGUACAACAGGUUUAUCCAGGAAAUAAAUUGUACAGUCAGAGCAGAUGUCAUUUCACAACUCGCCCAGAACACCGUCCCUAAAAUCACGUUUUUAAAAAUAAAAGGGGGUUUCUUUUUCUAGUAAAACUUAUCCUCAAUAACCCACAUCUAAUUUCAUUCUACUGUCUCCUUUUCCUUGACAUAUUCGGCGAUGUGUUGAUGUACGUUUUUAAUGUUGUGUCCUGAUACCGUUCCCUGUUGACUGUGUCCCUGUAUAGAUGUACGACUACAGUUUAGACAUGUGGAGCUUGGGAUGCAUGCUGGCCAGUAUGAUCUUCAGGAAGGAGCCUUUCUUCCAUGGACACGACAACUACGACCAGGUGAGCUCAGCCACCCUAUCAAAUCAACCAAACUAUGCAUCAAUCAAUUGUAUUGUAUUUGUUUAUAGUGCUUUUAACAAAAAUAUUUGUCACAAAUUGUUUUAAUAGUAACCCCGGCCUUAACCCCCAAAGAGAAGACACUUUAGUUUGUUUAGUAAAUAUUUUCUUAACUUUUAUUUUUCUUUAAAACUGCAUUGUUGGUUAAGGGCUUGUAAGUAAGCAUUUUACGUUACAGUACACCUGUUGUAUUCGGCGCAUUUGACAAAUAAAAUUUGAUUUGAUUAGAAUAUGACUUUAUUGUGUCUGCUGCUUUAUCCCCUCUGAUACACAACUAGUAGUAGUGGUCCUAGUGAUAUUCAGACAGCAGGGGCUGCCCUUCAGUGUUUAAUGCAUGUCAUGUCCUAUUUGUUUUGCAGCUUGUACGGAUCGCAAAAGUCCUAGGCACAGAAGACCUGUAUGACUACAUCGACAAAUACAACAUCGAGCUAGACCCACGGUUCAAUGACAUUCUGGGCAGGUAGGUUGGUCUCAAAUCGCCGAAGUUGUGUUAGUGUUGCGUCUGUCAGUGUGUCAGUUUGAGCAAGACGAGGCAUAGAAUCACAAUGAGUAGUUAUUUGGGAUGCAAUGUGAUUUGUAGAGCAGCGAUUCUGCGCAUUCCGACUGCGAUUGCCAAUCUUAAACACGCACUGUGAUCAUUUAUGGUCUGUCUUUCCCGUAAGCGGUGGGAGAGGUUUGAGGGGAGAGGCUGUGUCCAUGUUGUAUUCUGUCUAUGACCAUGAGGAGAGGCUGUGUCCAUGUUGUAUUCUGUCUAUGACCAUGAGGAGAGGCUGUGUCCAUGUUGUAUUCUGUCAAUGACCAUGAGGAGAGGCUGUGUCCAUGUUGUAUUCUGUCAAUGACCAUGAGGAGAGGCUGUGUCCAUGUUGUAUUCUGUCUAUGACCGCUGAGUCUGUUUCCCAGGCAUUCCCGUAAGCGGUGGGAGAGGUUUGUCCACAGUGAGAACCAGCACCUGGUGAGCACCGAGGCACUGGACUUCCUGGACAAGCUGCUGCGCUACGACCAUCACGCCCGCCUCACCGCCCGGGAGGCCAUGGAACACCCCUACUUCUGUGAGCUGCACCUCUUAAAUAGCAUACAUACUUAACAUGCAUGGUUAGAGUGGAGGCCAUUGAUUCCUCCUACUUCUGUGAGCUGCAAGUCAUUCGUACCUUACUAUAUACACUGCUCAAAAAAAUAAAGGGAACACUUAAACAACACAAUGUAACUCCAAGUCAAUCACACUUCUGUGAAAUCAAACUGUCCACUUAGGAAGCAACACUGAUUGACAAUAAAUUUCACAUGCUGUUGUGCAAAUGGAAUAGACAACAGGUGGAAAUUAUAGGCAAUUAGCAAGACACCCCCCAAUAAAGGACUGGUUUUGCAGGUGGUGACCACAGACCACUUCUCAGUUCCUAUGCUUCCUGGCUGAUGUUUUGGUCACUUUUGAAUGCUGGCGGUGCUUUCACUCUAGUGGUAGCAUGAGACGGCAUCUACAACCCACACAAGUUGCUUAGGUAGUGCAGCUCAUCCAGGAUGGCACAUCGAUGCGAGCUGUGGCAAGAAGAUUUGCUGUGUCUGUCCAGAGCAUGGAGGCGCUACCAGGAGACAGGCCAGUACAUCAGGAGACGUGGAGGAGGCCGUAGGAGGGCAACAACCCAGCAGCAGGACUGCUACCUCCGCCUUUGCAAGGAGGAGCAGGAGGAGCACUGCCAGAGCCCUGCAAAAUGACCUCUAGCAGGCCACAAAUGUGCAUGUUUCUGCUCAAACGGUCAGAAACAGACUCCAUGAGGGUGGUAUGAGGGCCCGACGUCCACAGGUGGGGGUUGUGCUUACAGCCCAACACCGUGCAGGACGUUUGGCAUUUGCCAGAGAACACCAAGAUUGGCAAAUUCGCCACUGGCGCCCUGUGCUCUUCACAGAUGAAAGCAGGUUCACACUGAGCACAUGUGACAGACGUGACAGAGUCUGGAGACGCCGUGGAGAACGUUCUGCUGCCUGCCACAUCCUCCAGCAUGACCGGUUUGGCGGUGGGUCAGUCAUGGUGUGGGAUGGCAUUUCUUUGGGGGGCCGCACAGCCCUCCAUGUGCUCGCCAGAGGUAGCCUGACUGCCAUUAGGUACCGAGAUGAGAUCCUCAGACCCCUUGUGAGACCAUAUGCUGGUGCGGUUGGCCCUGGGUUCCUCCUAAUGCAAGACAAUGCUAGACCUCAUGUGGCUGGAGUGUGUCAGCAGUUCCUGCAAGAGGAAGGCAUUGAUGCUAUGGACUGGCCCGCCCGUUCCCCAGACCUGAAUCCAAUUGAGCACAUCUGGGACAUCAUGUCUCGCUCCAUCCACCAACGCCACGUUGCACCACAGACUGUCCAGGACUUGGCGGAUGCUUUAGUCCAGGUCUGGGAGGAGAUCCCUCAGGAGACCAUCCGCCACCUCAUCAGGAGCAUGCCCAGGCGUUGUAGGGAGGUCAUACAGGCACGUGGAGGCCACACACACUACUGAGCCUCAUUUUGACUUGUUUUAAGGACAUUACAUCAAAGUUGGAUCAGCCUGUACUGUGGUUUUCCACUUUAAUUUUGAGGGUGACUCCAAAUCCAGACCAUGGGUUGAUAAAUUUGAUUUCCAUUGAUAAUUUUUGUGUGAUUUUGUUGUCAGCACAUUCAACUAUGUAAAGAAAAAAGUAUUUAAUAAGAUUAUUUCAUUCAUUCAGAUCUAGGAUGUGUUGUUUUAGUGUUCCCUUUAUUUUUUUGAGCAGUGUAUAUGUUUCUUUCCAUGGUGCACAGGAAUGUAUUGAACUCUGAGGUCACGGUUGUGAUGCAUAGCUGCGUUUGUAUGAAAUAUCUGCUGCAUCUCUGUGGCCUUAGCUUGUUUGCUUAUCAUUGAUGGGCUUUUCUGUCUGUGUGUCUGUGUCAGACCCCAUUGUGAAAGACCAGGCGAGGAUGGGCUCUAUAUCAGGGCUGUCGACUGGUUCUACCCCAGUCAGCUCCUCCAGUAUGAUGACAGGUAACACACAGGGUCUGAUGAUAUCAGGUGUCUGCAGGGGUCAUAACAGUAUGUUGCUCUUCUGAAGAGAUGAUUCUACAGCUGGCCAAGGAGGACCAUUCAUUAUAUAAAAUAGUAUCAGUUCUUAUGUGAUCAUUUUCUUCAUAGGGAAGUCCCCAGACUCUUCCGCUGACCCUGUUUCCCCCCCUCUUCACCAGGCAUCACCUCCAUAUCCUCGUCGCAGCCCCUGGCUAACGUGGCGGGCUCUCCUGUGAUCUCCUCCCCCAGUGCUCUGGCCACGCAGGUCCCAGCCGCCGGGGCCCAGCCCUGAACGGUGCUCUCAGCCUGGGGCCCGGGAUGGACCCGCUGCCCCUGUCUGGCCCGGACUACCAAGCCCUCAGCAGGGCCAGGCAACAAUCAUUUUUAUGUUGAGUAUAACAAAGAGAGAGAGAAAAAAGAAGAUAUUAGGUCCCCCUUUUCUUUUCCAUAAUGAUAUAUUGAGAUCCGGGCGCACAAUGAGAGGGAAAAGAAGAAAAAAUAAACAUUACUUGCGUCUGUGUCCGGAUAAAAACUGUAGCUGCAUUCUUUCCUGAUGACAGUGUCUAGAAAUGCAACUACAAUGUAGAAAUUAAGCAAAAUGGAUAAUAAAAUUUAUUUUAUAUGUCCCUAAAGUACUUUUGUUUGAGUUUUAUUUUAUGGGUCAGUUUAAAACAAAUAAAAAUAAAUGGUUUUGGUUGUUUGUCUUGAUUUUCUAGUGUGUUUUUGUUUUUUAAUCAACCGUUAGUGGUCACAUGAAAUUAUUCAUGGGCUGCUUGUCACACUUUGUUUGUUAAAUACAUUUAUUCUGUUGGUCAUAUGGUUUCAACAUUGAAUUUCUCUCGAUAGAACGGCACCCCGGUAGUUAUUUUCAGUGUCAUCCGUAAUGUGUUUAUCACGAGGCAGUUUCACAAAGAUUAUGCUUGUUAUUUAGUUUGAGGCUCAUUGAACACCCAUUUUGUACAAGAGUUAAGGUGACAUCUGACUUUGUGUUUAUAAAAUGUAU